AGCAGCACCAAAAUAAGCUCACAGCCUCUUCCUGCAACAUGGUACGGGUCCGAAAAGAUUCAUGAGCUGGAGAGAAGAGCCAUCUUUUCCAAGAAGUGGAUCCUCCUCACUCACAAAAUUCGACUACCUGAGAGUGGUGCCUAUAUCCGCUAUGAGGAGGCUGGCUUCAAUUUCUUCCUUAUCCGAAACAACGAGGGUAUCGUCAGAGGCUUCCACAACAUUUGCAGACACCGAGCCUUCCCUGUCGUCACCAAGGACAAUGGAACAGCCAAAAUCUUGUCUUGCAAGUACCACGGAUGGUCAUAUGGUUUCAACGGCCAACUGGCAAAGGCUCCCGAGUAUCAGCACCUCAAGGGCUUCGAUAAGAAGAAGAACGGACUGUUUCCUCUCCAUGUUCAUGUCGACGAGAGAGGCUUUGUCUGGGUCAACAUGGAUGCCAAGCUGAAGCCGGAAGUUUCCUGGGCCUCUGACUUUACUGGUGUUGAUCGCCUUGCACGACACGAGCCAUUCAACCUCGACGACUACAAGUUUGAUCACACUUCUCAAGAAGACAUUGAUUAUAACUGGAAGACUUUGGCCGACAAGUACAGCUCCAACAGCAAGAUUGAACAGCUUUUCAUGGGCGAAGAGUCGGAAAAGAGCUCCAGGAUAAUCAGCGACUUUUACUUCCCCAAUGCUGCCAUGACAUUCUCGCCUCACUUCUUCAUCAUGAUGCGAUGCAACCCUGUUGGACCUGCUCGAUCAUCUGUAGAGUACGAAGUCUUCAGACACAAGGACGCCAGCGAUGAGGACUUCAACCAGGUCCAGGACAUCAUCAAGCGUGCUUCUGAGGAGAACAAGUCGCUCCCCAACCCUUCUGAGAAGAACUUCAACACGGGCAUCCUGGUCAACGAAGCUCCCCUGUAUUUCCAGAGCCAGGUCCGCCAACUCCUGGAACACCAUAGUGGCCUUGAGGAGGUGGCGAAGAAGGAGAUCCGACCGGCUCAGCAGAUCCUUGAUCAGACCUCUGAGCAAGAUGAGAGCCUUUUCUCUUCUUGUUCCGGCUUGUCUUGU